AUGACGCAUUCAUAUCAGGCCCAAACGGCCCAGGCCCCGACGGCCCUAUCGGGCUUCCUCGACUCAAUGCAGGAAUCAAGUACAUCAGCAUACUCGCUGUUUGGUCCGACACAAUAUCCCGAGAGUGUCGCGUACUGGCACGAUCCCUCCGCGACACCGACGAUGAUAGUGCCCCCUGCAUACACCCCCGCCCAGAAACAAGCUGCCUUGCUCCAACCUCUCGACCAGAAGAAACAUAAGCGCACAAGGAGCGGUUGCUUCACCUGUCGUUCGCGCCGGAUCAAAUGUGACGAGGGUCGACCGAUCUGUGAACGAUGUAGGAAGGGAAAUCGUGAUUGCGUCUAUCCGACUCUGUCAUCUUCGGCGUCGUCCAAGGCUGGCGCACGAGCUACAGCCAAAUCGCGCGCUGGUCGCCCGCAGUCGCAUAGUAGCGAGUCAUCGGUCAAAGCAGAAUCUGAUGCUGUCAGCCCCUUGCAGCCCAUCAUCGACGAGGAGGAACCCGAUAGUGCGGUAUCCGACUCGCGACCGUCGCCAAGAAGCACUACAGCCACACCACAACCAGACUUGCGUAAAAGCCAGAGCACGCAAUCCCUACGCAAGCAGAAGGGGAGGCAAACGUCUGAUGCCAGCUCGUUUGUCAAAGACCACAGUAGUUCGCCUUCGACGGAGUCGUCGCGCUAUGAGUCGAUGAGCGUGCGUUCGGGCAGCAUUGGACAUUCCACGGCUGAAUUGCUCAACAAUGCGCGUCUAUCGGAUGAUUUGCGAUUUUAUCUCAAUUUUCAUCAGGAUUUCAUGGCUCCUCCGCAUUUCUUCUUGAGACAGUCUUCCUCGUUUUUCGUCCACUACAGUCUUCUUGAGCUUGCAUUGCAGUAUGAGCCCCUGCUCUAUGCCUUGGUGGGCUUCUCCGCCUAUCAUCAUUCUUUGCACAGUCCUGGAGGAAAGCUCUAUAACUUCUUGAAAUAUUAUAAUAAAGCAUUGGUUCUCCUCCGGAAAUCCUUGGGUUCGAAAGAGGAGCACAGUGAGGCUACACUGUGUACCGUCCUUGUUCUGACGACGUUUGAGGAAUACAUCGGCGACUGGAUGAACUUGAUCGAUCACCAUCAAGCGGCACAUGCAUUGAUGCGAGAGCUGAUUACACCCGAAUCCGCCAACUUGAACGAGCUACAUACCAAUAUUUUCUCAUGGUACUCGCGCUUCGAUGUAGUCGUGGGGAUUCUAGCCGGUACCGAGACGGUUCUCGGUCGAGACUGGUAUAUUGCAAAGGAACAGUACGAUGCCGAGCAAGCCUCCAUAUACCCCGAUGACCCAAGCAAACAACUCCUCCUUGUUGCAUCGAUCAACCGACGCUUUGGCCUGGACAUGGCUUCCCUCUAUGCGAAGCUGUCCCGCGGGAUGAUCUCUAUUGAAGACUUCGCCGUUCAAAACGAGCAGCUGGGCCAGUGGAUAGAGCAAACGAAGGCGAUUCUCAGGAUGUUCGAUGAUUACGAAUAUAAAGUGCAGGAAUACCCAAACAAACAGCCUUUGACCGAGGAUGAUGUGGCGGAUCCAUAUGUGCCAGGUGGCCUACAUCGAGCCGCCUUGUGGGACUUCAAUUAUGCUUGGAUUGACAUUCUCGCUACCGAGACAAUGUACAAAUUCCAGACCAUGCAAGUUCUGCAGAAGCCUUUGCUUCAAGAUUUGCAAGCCCUGGCCGAGGAGCAGUGCCGUUUGAUCGAGACAAUGACUCGCUGGCCUCACAAGGAAACUGGAUAUCUCAUCAUGUUCAAAAACAGCAUGAGCAUGGUUAGCAUGUUCCUUCCUAAGGAUCACAAAUAUCAGAUGUGGGCUCGACGCAAGUUUACGUUGAUGGAACAACAUGGAUAUAUGACUCCGCCUCGAUUCCGUCAAGCUCUUGCUGCCAUCUGGCAACUUCCAGAGGUUAAUCAUUGGUGGCUCCCUCAUGAUGAAGGAUAUACCAGCAUCAUUCGCGAGAUUCGUUCCUUGACUGAAGAGCGCUCGUCUCAGCAGCGUGAUGAGAUGCGCGAGCAUGUUCGCGAUAUGAAAUCUCUGUUCGGGAGGUUGAAUUUGGAUGAAUCCGAUGAUAAUCAAAGCCCUUCAUAG